AUGUCAAAGGUUGUGCGCAGCGUCAAGAAUGUCACAAAGGGCUAUAGCAGUGUUCAAGUAAAGGUCCGGAAUGCGACCUCCAACGACCCAUGGGGGCCCACGGGCACCGACAUGGCCGAGAUCGCCGCCCUAACCUUCAACAACCCAAGCGACUUCUACGAGAUCAUGGAUAUGCUUGACAAGAGAUUGAACGAUAAGGGCAAGAAUUGGAGGCAUGUCUUGAAAUCGCUCAAAGUUCUGGACUACUGUCUGCAUGAAGGCUCUGAGUUGGUCGUAACUUGGGCCCGAAAGAAUAUCUACAUCAUCAAGACCCUCCGAGAAUUCACAUACGUCGACGAAGAUGGUCGCGACGUCGGAAAUAAUGUCCGCAUUUCUGCCAAAGAGCUUACUAGCCUCAUCCUGGACGAAGAGCGUCUCCGGAGCGAACGGUCAGACCGCAAACUAUGGAAAACUAGAGUUACCGGUAUUGAUGAGCAUGGACCUUCGCACAUUGGUGGUCCAGGUCCUUCAAGCCCCCGCGAAGCGCGCCGAAAUCAUCGUCAGGAUGAGGAGGAUGCAGAAAUGCGCCUAGCUAUCGAAGCCAGCAAACACGAGGCCGAAGAAGAAAAGAGGCGCCGCGCGGGUCAGCAAUCGAAGGCUGGUGAUAUGGACGAUGACCUCGCCAAAGCCAUCAAGCUGAGCCAAGAAGAAGAGACCUUGCGCGCCCGUCAGCUGGAGGACCAGAAUGCUCAAUCGCUCUUCGACGACACUCCUACUCCGUCUCAGCCUCAACCGACUGGCUAUAAUCAAGGCUACCAGCAGCAGCCUGCUGUCGACUGGUUUGGCAAUCCACUUCAGCAACAACCCCAGCAGACCGGCUUCCUGAACAAUCAGUACAAUCAGCCGACGGGUUUUCAGCCUCAGCAGACUGGCUAUCAGAAUGGGCUCACGAACGGCUAUCCCACGCAGCCUGGUGUCUUCGAUCAAUUCGGCUCGCAGCCAUUCCUUGGACAGCAGACUGGGCUUCAGCCUCAACAGACAGCUUUCCAGACGAACAAUCCAUACGGUGGCAUGCAGCAGCAGCCGAGCCAGGAUAUGUUUGGUCAACAGCAGCAGCAGCCACAACAGCCACAAAUGACUGCCGGCUCCAACAACCCCUGGGCACAGCAACAGCCGCCGGCUGAUGCUCUCAAGCCACUCCCAACCGGAUCCAACAAUCCAUUUGCUCCGAAGCAGUCAUCACCCUCACCUUUCCAGAGAACGCAAACCCAGCCUACACUUGGGACACUCUUCGAAUCGCAACCGAAUACCUCAUUUCAACAGCCUCAACAACAGUACCAGCCCCAACAACCAAACCCGAUCACGAAUUUCCAAUCUCCUCAGCCGACACAACAGCAGAAGCCUCAAGAUCCCCACGCUGCUCGUCUGAACGCUCUGCUUGCGUCGGGCGAAGGACAAGACACCUUCGGCAACACUGGCGAUCUGCGUAUCCCAGCACAACACACCGCACCUGGUACCUUUGUCAACUCGGCUGGUCAAGGUCUCGACAAGUUACGUGCGAACCAGACGGGCAACAACCCUUUCUUCUCUCAACAAUUUACAGGUGCACCACAGAUGCCGGCCCAAACUGGUCCUGCCUCGGGCUUUGGCGGAUAUGGACAGCAGCAGAACAAUCCGUUCGGAGCCAGACCUGCGGGCCAGCAGAAUGGUAGUCUCAUCGACCUGUAG